CGAAGCUGCCGAGCAGCCUUUCGCACUUUCCAACGCUUUCCAGCUCCUCCACACGCUUUCAAACGCUUUCCAGCAAUCUCAUGUUGCGCCAGUUUUAGCUGCCACUUUGAUCCAACUCUAUAGCAGCUCCAUUGCCUUGCAGCUCUUCCACAAUCCUUGAGAACACAGAACAGUAGGAAGCUGACUUGAACUUCAGCUUCUUUGCAGAACUCCAGGCGAUCAGCUGUCACGUUCGAAGCAACUCCUCGUGAUCGAAGUGAAGCCGAGUCCUUCUGCAAAAGCAAACGUAGUAUUGCACAGUCAGUCCCUUUCCAGAGAGGAAUGGCAUUUUCUAUCAGUGCAGCGUCCGUUGCGGGUCCCGCUAGCUUUACUAGUGCAUCAUGGAAGAGGCAGCAGGCCCCCUUCGUAAGCGUUCCAGCAUUGUCCAGAUUCUCUGGACUCAGCAUUGCGCAUCAGGGGCUUCACUCAGGAUCAGAAGCAGCCAGCAAACUUCUGGUCAAAUGUGUGCCAAUGCCUCCCAGAGAUGUGAGAAUGAGGGGCGUAAACAUGGUUGCAACUGAGCAGAAAGUGGCCACAAGCACGACGCUGACGGAGCUGUAUGAGAAGGAGGGGCAGAGCCCUUGGCUGGACAAUCUGAAGCGGGACUGGCUUCAGAACGGAGAGCUGCAGAAGUGGAUCGACAACGGCGUACGGGGAAUCACCUCCAACCCCACCAUCUUCCAGAAGGCGAUCGAAGGUUCCAACGCCUAUGACGAGCAGUUCCGGAAGCUCAUCGAGGGGGGCCUCUCUGUCGAGGAAAGCUACUGGGAGUUGGUGGAAGACGACAUCAAAGAGGCGCUAAAGUUGCUCAGACCGCUGUAUGACGAGUCGGACGGCGGCGACGGCUACGUGUCGAUCGAGGUCGGUCCCGAGCUGGCGCGCGACUCGGAGCGCACGCUGGCCGAGGCGCGCAAGCUGCACGCGGUGGUCGGGCAGCCGAACCUGCUGGUCAAGGUCCCCGCCACGCAGGAGGGGAUCGAGCCCAUCCGCGUGCUGACGUCAGAGGGCAUCAGCGUCAACGUCACGCUCAUCUUCUCGCUAGAGCGCUACGAGGCGGUGAUGGAGGCGUAUGUGUCGGGGCUGGAGCAAUAUGAGGGCGACCUCUCCAAGGUGGCCAGCGUUGCGUCCUUCUUCAUCAGCCGCGUGGACGUCGAGAUUGACAAUCGGCUCGACGCCAUCGGCACCCCCCAGGCGCUGGCGCUCAAGGGCAAGGCGGGCAUCGCGCAAGCAAAGCUGGCGUACGAGCUGUUCCAACGCAAGUUCAGCGGAGCCCGCUGGGAGGCGCUCGCGGCACGGGGCGCGCGGCCGCAGCGACCGCUUUGGGCGUCAACAGGCACCAAGAACAAGGCGUAUUCGGACGUCCUGUACAUCGAGGGCCUGGUCGGUCCGGACAGCGUGAACACCAUUCCGGACGGCACGCUGACCGCGUUUUUAGACCACGGGAAAGUAAAGCGCGCGAUCGACGUCGACGUGAUCGGGGCGAAGCGGCUCAUCUUCGGACAGCUGGAUGUGCUUGGGAUCCAGUUGGAUGACGUAUCCAAGGUGCUGGAGGACGAGGGAGUGGCUUCGUUCCAAGCAUCGGGCACCCACGUCUUUGGUGCACUAGAGGCCAAGGCUGCCCUCCUGAAAGCAGAGAAGUGACAACAGGCAAGCAAAACGAGUUUAGUGGGGUUGGCCAUGCGUUUGAGUCUUGUUUUUAUUGGUGUAGAAGUAUAAAUGUUUUUGUACAUUAGUACCCGAGUUGUCUCGAUGUAACUUUGCGAAGCAUGGUACAUUAUAUAGUAAUAGAAUAACGAGAUGGAGCAGGCUGCGUGCUCACAGCAUACUUCACUUAUUGAACGCCAGGUUCAAGCCGCAGAGAAGGAUGUUAGAUCCAUGAACGCAGGCUUGUUCCUUACUUAGUUGUGGGUUGAUAUUCAACAGACACUCCUUAAGAUAUGCUUAGGCCGGCACACUGAAACUCCUUGCAAUAGCAAGCGUCAGAGGAUGGAUCAAACACAACAGUUCCUGAUUUAGAAUUUUGUAAUGACGUUACUGAACAGAAACCUGCAAGGCAUACUCCUAAGGAUUGCCUAGAAUAUUUGCCUGAAGUUUCGCCGGCGCGCCUGAAGCCUACCAUACGCGCGUGGAAGCCGGGUUACACGAUCGACUCGGUUGAUGCCCUU